AUGGCUGGUGGACCCAAGAAAUGUUGGCCUUUGAUUGGAUUCAGUCUUAUCUGUCUUAAAAUGGUUGCUUCAGCAAAAACAGCUCCCGAAAUACCCACUAUUGAUCAGGCCUAUUCAAAAAUCAGCAACAGUAUCACUGUGGAAUGGGCCACAGUGCCGGGGGCCACCAGUUACCUCCUCACAGCUGAAGAUGGAGACACUGUCAUUGAAACCAUGGUGGCCAAUUCCCCAGGCACUGUGACAGGCCUGAAGGCUGCGACCUUGUACCAAAUCACCAUCAGAUCCAUCAGUGCCACUGGGAGAAGCCAAGCCUCACCUCCGAAGCAGGCAAAGACAGUGUUGGCUGCACCAAUUCUAGAAGUAAGCUCUCCAAGUCCAGACUCUAUCCUUGUGCAGUGGGAAGCUGUAUAUAUGGCAAUUGGAUUCUCUGUGUCCAUCAUGCGAGCGAAUGGUUUGGGUAGAAUAUGGAAAGAGAAUACCACAAACACCUCCUUGACGUUCACCAGUUUAGAAGCUGGGACUCUCUACACCAUAAAGGCCUAUGCAUGGAAUGCCAAUGGAACACCUGGGGAUGACUCUACCUGCAAUCAGAGAACAAGUCCUCCAGCUCCUGCCAACAUUCAAGUCUCUUUUGACAGUGGUGCUCUGAAGGCCUCUGUUUCAUGGGCCCCCACGGAAGGAGCUUUCAACUAUACUGUGAUGGCUUUGAGCGACUCUUCAGAGCUGAGCUGCCGUACAACUCUCAGCGCCUGUACCAUCUCCUCGCUCCAGUGUGGGACUGAGUACCUCAUUUCAGUUUUAGCAAGUAAUGAUGCUGGUGCUAGCAAAUCAACUUCCGCGGAGGCCCUGAGAACUGUUGCUUGUGCCCCUGGAAGAGUGACCAUCCAAGAAGAUCCUCCAGGCCACCUGUCUGUGGCUUGGUCCGAUGUAGAUCUGGGCGAUUACUACGUGGCCUUUGUGAAGAGUGAUGAUGGCUUGGAAGUCCACUGCAACACAUCCCUCACCCAGUGCAAUUUCUUAUCUGAAUGUGGCUUCACUUACUUUAUCAGUGUUUUUGCCUAUAACAAGGCAGGGCAGAGUCCUCUGGGCGAUGUGUUCAAUUACACCACAGCUCCCUGUUGUCCUACCGACAUCAACCCUGUGUUGGUUUCCAGUGACAGAGUAGAGAUCGUCUGGUCUCCUGUCCGCGGUGCCGAACUUUAUGAAACCAAGGCUGUAGAUGGGUUCACCGUGGUUGAGUGCAAUGACACUGCUCCUGCUUGCACCCUCUCAGCUCUAGAGUGCGACACCAAGUACAACAUCACCGUGUACUCCUUCAGCGAAGUCCGGGGCAGCAAUAUGUCCUGUACUUCCCAAUUUAUAACCACAGCUCCUUGCAGUCCUGAGAUAAAAAGCGUUUCGAAGGAUGCAUUCUCCACAAUUAACGUGCACUGGCGACCCACCAAUGAUGAUGCCACUUACACGGUGACAGCCCAGGGGGAGACAGGGCUGUUUCGGUGCAGCAGCAGGGGAGAGUCCUGCGCCAUGGCGGGCUUGCCCUGUGGCUCGGUGUUCUCCGUCACCGUGGUGGCGGAGACACAGGCCGGCCGGAGCCUGCCCAGCUACAGCGUGCCCCUAGAAACAGUGCCGUGCUGUCCAGCUGGUCUGACAGUAACUCAGGUCACCCAGUCGUUAAUCAAUGUGAGCUGGACUGUUGGGACUGGGGCCCAAACCUAUGUGACAGUUCUGGAGUCGCACACCGGACAGUCGAAGUGUCUCACCCAUCAAAACCAGUGCCUCCUGGGUUGCAUCUCUUGUGGCGUCAAUUACACGGUGGUAUUAAAAGCGAUUAGUGCCACUGGGUUGACUGCAGACUGCACCUACCAAAGUUACUCCUCCAGUGCCUGCUGCCCUUUGGGAGUGAAAUUAUACAGGCUGGGCCCUAAUGGCAUUCGCAUCUACUGGCAAGCGUCUAGGGGCUCUGCCAAUUACAGCACUGACCUCUAUGGUUCCAAAGGCAUUUUCACGUGCGCCCCAAGCGCUGGCCUCAGUUUUUGUGAUGUCACCGAGAUACCCUGUGGGGAUGUAUAUACCGUGAUGGUCUCACCAGUUGCUGAGACAGGACUGAAGCUUACUUUCUGCCCCCAAAAAAUAUAUUCAGUAACCUGCUCUGGAAGUACACUUGGAAUGGUGAUUUACAGAGGGAAAAGAAAUGCAGAAUGA